UUAAGCCCGAGCCAGAAGGAGCCGACUCAGACCCCAUAGCUUGUGAGAGAAGAAGAAGAAGAAAUAUCCUGAGAAGAAGAACACAGAAUUUUCCCGCCAAUACGAAAUCUAAGCUUCCUUUGUUCUCUCUCUACAUCUAACAGAAACAAGUACCAGUCUAAUUCUCUUCUGUAAUGGGAAUCAAUUAAAUUACAAUGAGAAUGGAAGCUAAAAGGAGCAGAAGAAGUAGUAGAAAGCCGCUUUCAGAUUGCACCAACUCCAUCAAUCCUUCUCAAUCUUCUUCAACCUCUGCCAAAAACUCCUCUUCUAUUAUCAAACCCAGUAAAUUCUCACCCACAACAACCGAAACCCAAAAGAAAUCAACCACUGGAUGUACCACUCGAAACGACAACGCCCUAUUAAACCCUAGUACCGUUUCGCUUCCUACCGCUUCCACGCCUCCUCGGGCUCAAAAACCUUCUUCUCUUGCUGGGACUCCUAGUCAUAAGGUUUCUGAGCCAUGUUCAGUUUACAGUCGGAGACUAUCAGUAGAUAAGAGGAAGAGUAAAGGGAAGGCAGUUGCUGUGCCUAUGAGUUGCUUUCCUGCCGUAAAGACUCAAUUUGCUAGGGAUGAAAUGAAUGAAGGUGGAGUUGCAAAGUUAUCCAAAUCCUGUACAGUGCCUUGCAAAAAGAAGCGAUGCCAGACUGAGAAAGAUAUUGCCAAUUAUGCCCUGCCACAGGAUUUUAUUGAGCAGCAAAGAGCUUACUUUGCAGAAAUUGAUGCUUUUGAGCUCUCAGAGGAGGAAGUUACUUCCGUUGAUGACUUGGACUGAAUGAAUGCUAUAUUAAGUAUAUAAUUCUGGGUGAGCAAACAAGGCAACAGAACGCUGGAAUUUUGUCUUGUGUAGUUGAGAAUAGCUUAGUUGAUAGUUGAUACAUUCUAGCGUAAUGACCACCUAACCAAUUAUAUGAUGUAAGUGCUUGAUACUUGCUGUUGUAGUCUAACGUGCAUGGAGAAAUGAUUAUUCUUUUCAGUAGAAAA